ACUCAUACUGUCACACUGAUAGAUCCUUGUGUUCAUUCCACAAUACAUAUUCUUUUGUACAUUUAGCUCACAUGAUUUUUUUACACAGUAGACUGUGAUUUGAUUACCAUGUUGUUUCUAAUGGGAAGUGUUUUACUAUAAACAAAUCCUCGUUCUCUCUUUUAAUGGACACAUCAACUGGGUCUACAGUGUUAUCCGAAAGUGGACUCUAUAACUUCUGCUUUCAAAAAUCAUCUUCGAGAUAGGCUGCAGAGCCCUUUGAAGAUUACAACAGAUGAUGAUGAUGAUGAAAAAUUAUUUUUGUGUUUGUUGUUGAUAGAGGAAUUCCAAUAAAGGAUAAAAAAAAGGGUCAAAGCAGUUGGAUCGGUCGGAUUGGAUUUUCAAAGACCAUGGCAACAUUACGGCUUCUAUUUGCUGUAGGCCUACCGGUAUUUUGUAUUCUUAUAGUGUCUUGCCAAGCAAGUGAUUGCCCCUAUGGAGAGUUCUACGAUAAUGUCAGCCAUAAAUGUGCAAAAUGUUCCCGCUGCCCUGCUAAUCUGAUCUUGAGUGAUAUAUAUCAGCUAUUGCCGUGCUAUAGCCAGGGGGUCACAUGUCCAGAUUGGUGCCCCCCUUGGCAGUCCGCACCCCCUGGAGAUGAUAUUCUAGAUGCAUGUUUCAGGAAUAAGAAUCCUCUCACCACCACCCCAACCCCAGCUCCAUCUGUCAACGUGACAAAGAGCGAGCCCAAGUACAACGCCACUGCCAACCGAUAUUCUGUGAUGUGCACCGUAUCGUUUAUAAACAUGCCCACCCCUACAUUGGAGUGGUUCAAUCCGUCCGGGCAACUCCUUGCCCCAACUGAUACUUGGGGAGAGGCGACGACGCAGGAGAUCAUUGAUGACCAAGAGAUUGUGUCGACCCUUCUUACAAAGGAAUUUGAGAAGGAUGAUGAAGGGCAAUAUACAUGUGUUUUGCAGGGUGUCCCAACUGCCAAUCAGACUGUCUUUCUGCAAUACGUGGAUCCUCCUACCUCACCUCCUACUACCCCUAGCACACCAGGUAGUACUCAGGGAACGGAACGUACCACGACAAAGCCAGGUGAAUCCAACAAACCUAAAGAUGGUUACUCUAAAAAGUUAGCAAUAUCUAUUGGAAUUAGUCUGCUGCUUUCAAUCCUUCUGAUUGUAUGUGCAUAUUUCCUUGUGAUUAAGAGACGUAGGCAACUUCAUGGUAGGGAAUCACAGGACUAUGAGUCGCAUCCAUUGACUGGCAAUGAUUUCAAGGAUGGCCUCAUCUUAGAGACUUCUGAUUUUAAGAGUGCGAAAAUCAGAGGGAUCAAGGCCUGUCUAGACCAACAGGACUGUGUUGCUGUAAUCAUCAGGAAAAAUGGGAACAAGAUUAAACGAGUAGAAAGUUCGAAGACACGAGAAGAUACUUUCUUCAUUGAAGCUAUGAAAUGGGAUGACAGCAUAGAAAUUUGGAUGGAAAAUGCUGCCAGAUGUGAAUUGAUCAAAUGUUUCUGUAGAGAUCCCGUGAAGAUCAAGACCUUGAAGAUGAACUGUCUAAAAGUCAGCAAUAACACUGAGACAUCGGUUUUAAUUUCCUGCCCAAACGUGGAAAACAAAUUUUACUUGCGAUAUGAAGAAAAGAAUUCUUCAAUCUCAAGCGCAAAUACUGAACUCAUAGAAGGUGGCAGCAGGGAGAUCCGUGACCUUCGACCUAGCACAGAGUAUUCCGUUCAGCUCAGUAUCAAGGGUCAGACAGGGAAUUCGAGCGAGUUCAUUUGGAAGGAGAAAUUUAGCACAAAAGGUAUAAAUUUCAAGCAUGAGGUGUCAAAAGACUCCUUGGCAUUGACUGGGCAUGCAAGUCCAGCAUCUUUGAAACUUUACUAUGAACUCAACCAGGCAAAAGAGGUAGAGAUGAGUGGUCCUCAAAUUCCUAUCAAGCAUCUAAUACCUGGUAUGAAGCAGGUUUUGAAGAUCAAGCUGAAGUCUGAGUCCAAACCACUUCAAGUGAUUUGUUUUGAGACACAAGGCACCUUGGAAGAAGGAGGGGACUUCAGAGAGGAGGCAACAUCAGCUGUGCCUACAGAUGAUGAAAGGGUCGAUCGAGCUUUCACACAAAAGAAAAAACCAAGAAAGAGAGACAAAAAACUCAGGUGUGAAACUCGACUCCUUGAUGCCAUUCGCGAUCUACUCGAGAAAAAUAUAAUUUUAUCAGAGAGAGCCGUUGCAGAGGCUGUGAUCCAGAGUCUUCAGGAGUUCUUCAAAGAAUACAAGCAUGAAGCUAUCCAGAACAAGUAUGUUUUGAAGAACAAGGAUUUUGUGGAACAAAUAAGACAGUUCCUGACAGAAUUUGAUAUGAAGGACUAUACAAGAAUCUUUGAUUUACUCAAACGAUUCUACCAAAAGGACGGUUGUCAUUCGAAAGCUGGGCUCUCCUUUGCCGAAGAACUUUAUAAGGCUCACGAUUCUCGUGAUCCCACAUGUCAUAUAUGUAGGCAAGCAUUAUUCAUGCUAAGGUGGUACAGUGAGGCAUGUGAUUCCUCCUCAUCCAGUUGUUGAUUGCAGAAGGCCAAGUAAAAAGAACUGUUAGUUUAUCAUCCCUGCUUGCAUAAUUGUUUGCCUCAGUCGUCUAUACAUUGAUUCAAGAAGAAAAGAAAAAUGGAAAGUUUUGAAUUUUUGCUGUUUCCAGGAAUUGCACCUGCCUAGAUCAUACCAUGUACUUAAAGGACUGGAAAUUAGACUACAUAAAAUGGGUUGUGCAGUGAAUCAGCCACUUUUAAGAAAAAUACAACAAAAAAAAAAUGCCUUCAUCCCCCAUUUUUUCUCUAAAAGUUAGAUCCAAUAUGAGAGACUAAGUAUAUAAACUGGCCUUAUACAGGGUUUGGUCAAGCAACCCUUGUUCAUUGUCCAUCGUUGCAGUUUGUCUCCAAUGCCAUGGAAUUAGGAUUUAGGUUUGGAUCGGUGGCGGGUCCGGAAAUCAGUCAGAAUGGGAAUGAUUAAAAUUGAGGUUCUGGUUUCAUUUUAAAAAGUUGGGGAAUGAAAUGAUGCAAGAUAUGAGUUUAAGAGGAGUUCAACCUUACAAAAUGUUUAUCGAGAAAAUAGCAGAAAAGGA